CCAAAAUGGUCGUAAACAAUUGUGAGAUGUUGUUAUCCAAAUGUGCCCAGUUUAAAGAAGAGGGGCAAUUCAUUGACGUUCGUCUAAAAGUGGGUGAAGACAUCUUUCCAGCUCAUCGUAUUGUUCUGGCUGCAAAUAGCGAUUACUUCUAUGCCAUGUUUACAAAUGGAAUGAAAGAAGCGAAUCAGGAAGAAAUCGAGUUAAAAGAUGAAAGUAUUUCACCUAAUGUUUUGAAGAUCAUAAUGGACUCAAUCUACACUGGAGAGUUUCAGUUCAACGAAGAUAACGUGUUUGAAGUCCUUGCAGCAGCAGAUCAUCUUCAAGUGACGACUGUUGUUCAAAAGUGUUGUGAUUUCUUGCUGACUGAGUUUGUUAAACUUCGCUUUGAUUUUGAAACCUACUCGCGUAUCUGGGAAAUCGCUCACAGCCAUGGCCUCAAGAAUCUGCAAGACGCUACUGAGAGUGAAAUGGCUAAGAUGUAUAAAGAUGUCUGUGAAAGCCAAGAAUUUUUGGCUCAUAUUGGCGGAGACCAGUUACUCAGCCUCCUUAGUCGUGAUGACCUCAAUGCACAUUCAGAGACGUUCGUCUUCAAAUCAGUGAUGCAGUGGAUUAAAUACAAGAAGGAGGAGAGGUUGACUGUUGCUGCCAAAGUUAUUGGAGCUGUUCGUUUGGGACUGGUGGAUAUACGAGAGCUAAUCGCUGAGCUUGACACGCAAGAAAUGCGAAUGCUUCCAGAAAUAAAUACGUUUUUACUUGAGUCGUUCUUGUACAGCUACCACCCUUCAAGUAGCUCCGAGUUCGCUACAAACAAAACAAAACCGAGGUCCAUGAAAUCGGUUCUUGUGGCCAUUAUUCCUCAAGCCCAGAUGCAGUACUUUGAUUUUGAAACCAAAAACUGGAAACCUCUACCAUCCAUGACUCAAUUGACUGAGGCAGACGCGUGUUUCUGUGCAGAAUAUGUUGGUAAUCACUUGUAUGUAGCGGCACAAAAAGGGAGAGAUUUUAUUACGUAUCAUUAUGAUACAGUUACUGAUACCUGGGGGACAUUACCACCUAUUUUAGGGGGUAAUCAUAAGAUCGAUUCCUUAUGUUCUAUUGGUGAUUACAUCUACGCAAUUAGAGAAUCGAAGCCACCCCAUAGGUUUAGUUUAAAAACAAAUCAAUGGCAGUGUAUAAAACCAUUUCACACCGGAGAAACUUGUCCGAAUACAUUUUUUGGUAAAGCGUCCGUUGUUUCUCCAGACAACUCAAAUUUGUUGGUACUUCAGGGUCAAAGGAAAAAAAAUUAUAAUAAAGACGGGUCUUGCCGCUGGGUGGGGAAAUCUGCCGUGAUUUUUUGCUUUGAUCCCGAAAGGAAUGAGUGGAAAUGUAAGACAUCAACUAAAAGUGUUCAUUUUAGAUCCUGUCUUUUCUUAGUAAACAGGAAACUAUGUAUCGCAGGGGGUAUAAGUUCUAUUGAUAGCAUUUCUGGCACACCCAGUGGGGAAGGAGCAGCAGUUGAAGUUUAUGAUGAGCAAAACAACGAAUGGACCUAUGUUAAACAAAACCGUAUUCCAAACAACAAUCUCGGUGCGGUUGAAGUAGAAGGGAGGGUGUAUUUCAUCAUCAAUAAUUUCCCAAUUGAUAGUGGAAUAAGGAUUCCACCAGAAGAAGUGUAUCCUGUGCCUUUAGAUGAAUGGGAGAAUCUUAGAAAGGUUAAUAGUAACACAGUGUUGUGCUACGUACCUGUGAGGAACGAGAGUUUAACAGCAGAGUAAUGCUUGUAAUUUGAAUCAAAUUUGCUGUUGUUAACCUUGUCAACUGAAGAAUAAAUACAACCUAAAGUUAGUCUAACUUGGAUGCCGGGGUGUUGUCCAAGCUCAAAAGCCGAAUGCUUUUUGCGUUUCAUGAAUGUCGGUAGAAUUCAUUCCGAUCUAAAAGAAGUAAGGCAUCGUCAUUUGCCACUGAUAGUCCUGGGGCUUUAUUUACUUGUUAACAGGGAUUAUCAACAGAUAUUUUUCUAAUUCACUUUCUGGGUGUCGAUGUAUCGCUAUUUUAAAAAGGAAGCUUUGCCGCUUGUUAUGAGUAUUUUAUUUGAAUAAUAAAGACGAAUAACGUGCCAA